AUGCAUCCCCUUCACAAUGCCAUAUCGCCGAAAUUACUCUCUACUAUUAAACACGGUUAUGAACACGAUGAACCUCCCUCUCAUGAGCACAUCGCGAAUCAAGAACUUUCAUUUCAUACGAGUGUCAUUGACAUGACAAUAUUAGCGUCUCCUAUGUACUCUCUUGGUCUGCAAAUAAAUCCUUUUGCUUCGGGUAGUGCAUGUGGUAAAAACCCAUAUACAGAAAAUGCAAACACAUCCUACUAUCCUGCUGUUCUGACCUUUUCCUAUGUUCGAAAGUUGGUCUUACCACCUAUGAUGAUAACUGCUCUCCCAAAUUCUAGUCAGGCUCUGUGCCCCUCUUAUUGGGUAGCACUGCUUACUAUUCUCUGGCAUUUUGACAAGCUUUGUAACUCUGAUGGUGACUACACUCAUGAAACUCACUUUGGUACUCUUUGGGCUGGACUUAGCUAG